CUGCCGCUCUAGCUGUAAAAUAAAGAGUCCCUACCCCCACCUCCCUCCUGCUGUAGCCAGUAGCCCUGCCGUUAUAUUCUGACCCUCCCCCUCCCCCCCUCUCUCUCUCAGCUGUUCUCUCUUUCUCUCUUCUCGUCUCCUUCUACAUCGUUCUUCGUCGUCCAAGGAGAUUCUAGAAGCUUCUUCUUCUUCUUUUUUUUCCUUUUUCGUUCAUGGCGUCGGCGUUCGGGGGGACGACGCAGAAGUGCACGGCGUGCGAGAAGAAGGUCUACUUGGUCGACCAGCUCACCGCCGACAACAGGGUCUACCACCGAUCCUGCUUCCGAUGCCACCACUGCAAAGGCACUCUCAAGCUGACAAAUUAUAGCUCCAUUGAUGGCGUUCUUUACUGCAAACCUCACUAUGACCAGCUUUUUAAGAUGACCGGCAGUUUGGAUAAAAGUUUUGAAGGUGUGAUGAAACAUAGGGCGGAACGAUCAAAUGGGCAUGAGGGUCAAUCUAGCAGCCGAGUUUCAAGUAUGUUUGCUGGGACACAAGACAAGUGUGUUGUGUGUAAAAAAACAGUGUACCCGAUAGAAAAGGUGGCCGUAGAUGGAAUGGCAUACCAUAGACCGUGCUUCAAGUGCAGCCACGGGGGCUGCGUAAUUAGCCCGUCUAACUAUGUUGCCCAUGAGGGCAAGCUUUAUUGCAAGCACCACCACUCUCAGCUCGUCAUGGCUAAAGGAAAUUUCAGUCAGCUUGAAGAGAAGGAUGUAGAAGCAAAAGUUGUCAUCGAGAAGCCGCCUUUACCAGAUAAUGUGGCUGUCGAGAAGCCGCCUUUACCAGAUAAUGUGGCCAUCCAGAAGCCACAACAACCAGAUGAUAUGGCCGUCGAGAAGCCGCCACAACCAGAUAAUGUGUUCACCCCAAAGACCCCACAAGCAGAGAAUGUGUCCAUUGAGCAGCCACCGCAGCAAGAUAAUGUGGCCGCUGAGAAACCAUCGCCGGAUGGUAACGGGGAUAGUGCUUAAUUGAUCUCCGCAUGCUCCAAUGUUGUACUAAAGCACUGCCUUUUUUAGGGGCUAACUGGAAUGGUAAAGUGACUGGAUGAAGGCUAAUGUAGCCGAAUUUGUUUGUGUUUCAUAUUCUUUGAAUUCUGGAGAGUUGGAGAACAUUCGUUGAAUUCGCCAGCAAUAACCAUGCAACUAGUACAUGCAACUAGUAUUUGCCGGUUGUAAGUAGGUUAUGAUAGUUUUGUUUGUGUCAUUGUGUGUAUCCUACUUGGGAAGAGAGAGGAUUGCCGAGUUAAAUACAGCUUGUUAGAUUGCUUGGUUUUGUUCA